CCGAAAGCCUCUUGGGGUAGGCUAGUACGUUCCCCCAUAAUGCAUCGCGCCCAUCGUAUCUGCGCUGGUGUGAAUGCUCUCAUGCACUGUAGUUUGCUCCUGCAAUCUGAACAAUGACUCCACGGCGGUGAUAGCGAGCCCAUAGAAUGCGUUACCCACUACUGGAUUUCUGUGUUUUGUUUCUGUUCCAACGUGGUCUUUAAUGUACAAAUCGUAAUCAUGUGGAUACCGACAGAACACGAGAAAUACGGCGUCGUGCUGGCCAGUUUCCGGGGGACGGUGCAGCACGGUCUGCCGCUGGAGAUCGGGGACACGGUGCAAAUCCUGGAGAAAUGUGAAGGCUGGUACAGAGGCUUCGUCCACAAGAACCCUAAUGCAAAGGGUAUUUUUCCAUGCAGCUACAUUCACUUGAAGAACGCUCACAUCAAGAACAAAGGGCAGUUUGAGACGGUCAUCCCCACCGAGGACUCGGUCAUCACAGAGAUGACCUCCACACUCAGAGAGUGGGGCUCCAUGUGGAAACAGCUCUAUGUGAGGAACGAGGGGGACCUGUUCCACCGGCUGUGGCACGUGAUGAAUGAGAUUCUGGACCUGCGGAGGCAGGUGCUGGUGGGUCACCUGACGCACGACCGCAUGAGGGACGUCAAGCAGCACAUCACCGCGCGCCUCGACUGGGGCAACGAGCAGCUAGGUCUAGACCUGGUGCCCAGACGUGAGUUCGGCAUGGUGGACCCUGAUGAGAUCAGCGUGACCGAGCUCUACCGCCUGAUGGAGCAUCGGCACCGGAAGAAAGAGACUCCCGUCCCGGCGAGCACGCAUCACCUGUUUGUCCAGGUGAAGAGUCUGAUGAGCUCCAACCUGGGCGAGGACCUCGACGUCUUCUUCUACAUCUACGACGGCCGCGAGAGCCGGCCCCUCAGUGAGCGCUUCUUUGUGAGGUUGAAUAAAAACGGAAUCCCCAAGUCUCCAGAAAGACAGUGCACCCUCUUUGUGGAUCUGGGAAGCAGCGAUCUGAGGAAGGACGUGUACAUAGUCGCACACAUCAUAAGAAUAGGCCGUAUGGGAGCGGGAGAGAAGAAGAACCAGAGCACCGUCCAGUACCACCGGCCGUUUGGCUGUGCUGUGGUCAGCAUCGCAGAUCUCCUCACAGCCGACUCCAAAGACGACCACCAGCUCAAAGUCUACGCGUGCACCACAGAGAGUGAGUGGUACCAGAUCCACGACAACAUCAUCCGAAAGGUCAACUCUCGCUACAACCUGUCAGGAUCCAACACCGGCCUGUCAGUGUCCUCUGCAAGCCUGCUACACGGUGGAUAUGGAGCAGCUGAAGGCGGGAGUACAUGGUGCUCUUUACCCGCCGGCGUGUCCGUCACCAAGAAGCUUCGGCUUUCUUCCGACAUCAUCAUGCCAGGCGAGAUGCGGAACGACCUCUACAUCACCUUGGAGAGGGGCGAGUUUGAGAAGGGGGGCAAGAGCGUGGCCCGCAACGUGGAGAUCACAGUCUACGCCCUCGACAUUGACGGACAGAUCCUCAAGGUGACCUCUUCUCUCUCCUCUUUUCUUCCUUCUUUUCAUUUUUUCUCUCCUCCCUUUCACACUUUUCUCUUGCACACAACAAACAGCCCUCGCUGGAGCGAGCAGAUCAAGCUGCCCAUCCCCGUGGACAUGUUCAGAGGCUCGCACGUACGCUUCGAGUUCAGACACUGCUCCACAAAAGACAAAGGAGAGAAGAAACUCUUUGGCUUCUCCUUCGUGCCGCUCAUGCAGGAGGAUGGCAGGACUCUACCUGACGGCACCCACGAGCUCAUCGUGCACAAGUGCGAGGACAACAUGCUCCUGCAGGACUCCACACGCUACCUCAAGCUGCCCUUCUCCAAGGGCAACCUCCCCGGCAACAACCAGGCAGUGAAGGGCAGCAAGGAGUCCUUCUGGAUCACCUCCUUCCUCUGCUCCACCAAGCUCACCCAAAACGGGGAAAUGUUGGACCUGCUGAAAUGGAGAGCCCAUCCUGAGCGCAUCAAUGACAGCCUGUCCAAGCUAAAGGAUAUUGACGGCUCAGAGAUAGUCAAAUUUCUGCAGGACACACUUGACACUCUGUUUGGCAUUCUGGAUGAGAGUUCGCAGAGAUAUGGCCUGAAGGUGUUUGACUGUCUGGUCCACAUUAUAAACCUCCUUCAGGACAGCAAGUUCCAGCACUUCAAACCCGUCAUGGACACCUACAUCGAGAGCCAUUUUGCUGGCGCCCUCUCAUACAGAGACCUCAUUAAGGUGCUCAAGUGGUAUGUGGACCGCAUCAUAGAUGCUGAACAUCAGGACCAUUUCCAGCAGGUCCUCAAGGCGACAGAGUACAUCUUCAAGUACAUCAUCCAGUCGCGGCGACUCUUCUCCUUGGCAACGGGCGGCCAGAGCGAGGAAGAGUUUCUGUGCAUGCGAGAGCUCUUCUACUCCAUCCGCUUCUUCCUGUCGCAGGAAAGCAAGGGAUCCACGCCCGUCGCACACACACAGGCUGUGUUCCUGCGCACUUUCCCGGCCGUGUAUGGCGAGCUGCUGAAGCUCUUCUCCAUGAGGGAGGUGGCCACGUUCGUGCACGACACGCUGGGAGCCUGGCCACCACACCCAAACCAGACUGCCCUUGAGGCCGUCAAGCUGCAGUGCAUCGCCAAGACAGUGGAGAGCCAGCUCUACACCAAUCCUGAGUCGAGGUGUAUUCUACUACCAGUGGUGCUGAGGCUUCUCCAGGCCCACAUGCAGGAGCAGAGAGAGCUGGUCAUGUGCGCUCGCAUCCUCACCAGCAUGCUGUCACUCAUCACGAAGGAGGACACGGACACAACUCUGUCUGAGGAGGUGGAUCUGAUCGUGGAGAAGCUGUUGGCGGUGCUCCUGAUGACCAUCCUGGAGAUCACCAACCGACCUCAACCUUCUGGUAACACACUCCGCCUGCAGUUCCAGGACGUGACGGGGGAGUUUGUAGCGUGUCUCCUGGCUCUGCUGCGACAGAUGAGUGAUAAGCACUAUGAUAAGCUGCUGCAACGCUUCACCAGCAAAGAUGACCUGAGGGAUUUCCUGCUGCAGAUCUUCACCGUUUUCCGGAUCCUGAUCCGACCGGAGAUGUUCCCAAAAGACUGGACAGUAAUGCGGCUGGUCACCAACAACGUCAUCAUCACCACAGUCCUCUAUCUCUCAGAUGCUCUAAGAAAGGACUUUCUCAAUGACAAGUUUGACUAUAAGGUGUGGGACUCCUACUUCUAUCUGUCUGUCAUCUUCAUCAACCAGCCCUGUCUGCAACUGGAGACCUUCUCUCCAUCCAAGAGGAAGAAAGUGCUGGAGAAGUAUGGAGACAUGAGGGUGAUGAUGGGCUGUGAGAUCUUCAGCAUGUGGCAGAAUUUAGGGGAGCACAAGUUGAACUUCAUCCCGGCGAUGAUCGGCCCGUUCCUGGAGGUGACCCUGGUGCCCCAGCCUGACCUGCGGAACGUCAUGAUUCCCAUCUUUCACGACAUGAUGGACUGGGAGCAGCGCCGCAGCGGGAACUUCAAACAGGUGGAGGCCAAGCUGAUUGAUAAGCUGGACAGCCUGAUGUCGGAGGGCAAGGGGGAUGAGACGUACCGCGAGCUCUUCAACAGCAUAAUCCCUCUCUUUGGUCCGUACCCUAGUCUCCUGAAGAAGAUCGAGAGGGAGACUUGGAGGGAGAGUGGCAUCUCUCUUAUCGCCACAGUUACGAGGCUCAUGGAGAGACUGCUUGACUACAGGGACUGCAUGAAGCUUGGCGAAGUGGACGGCAAGAAGAUUGGAUGCACUGUCAGCCUUCUGAACUUCUACAAGACGGAGCUGAACAAAGAGGAGAUGUACAUCCGCUACAUCCACAAGCUGUACGACCUGCACCUGAAGGCCCAGAACUACACAGAGGCCUCGUACACCCUGCUUCUGUAUGACGAGCUGCUGGAGUGGUCAGAGCGCCCCCUACGGGAGUUCCUCAACUACCCCAUGCAGACGGAGUGGCAGCGCAAGGAGUACCUGCACCUCACCAUCGUGGAGAACUUCGACAGAGGAAAGAGCUGGGAGAAUGGGAUCCUUUUAUGCCGAGAGCUUGCCGAUCAGUAUGAAGCAUACUACGACUACAGAAACUUGAGCAAAAUGAGGAUGAAGGAGGCCUCCCUAUAUGAUAAGAUUAUGGACCAGCAGCGGCUGGAGCCUGAGUUCUUUAGAGUUGGCUUUUAUGGGAAGAAGUUCCCCUUCUUCCUGAGGAAUAAGGAGUUUGUGUGCCGUGGCCAUGACUACGAGCGCCUGGAGGCAUUUCAGCAACGCAUGCUCAACGAGUUCCCUCAUGCCAUCGCCAUGCAGCAUGCCAAUCAGCCCGACCAGACCAUCUACCAGGCCGAAGCCCAGUACCUGCAGAUCUACGCAGUCACGCCAUCCCCGAGAGCCAGGAUGUGCUGCAGAGGGACGGCGUCCCCGGACAACAUCAAGAGCUUCUACAAGGUCAACCACAUCUGGAGGUUCCGCUAUGACCGGCCCUUCCACAAGGGCACCAAGGACAAGGAGAAUGAGUUCAAGAGCCUGUGGGUGGAGCGCACCACCCUGACCCUGGUGCAGAGUCUGCCGGGCAUCUCACGCUGGUUUGAGGUGGAGAAGAGGAUCUGGUGAGUAGUGGAGGUGAGCCCCCUGGAGAACGCCAUCGAGGUGAUUGAGAACAAGAACCUGCAGCUGCGGACACUCAUCACCCAGUGCCAGACCCGACAGAUGCAGAACAUCAACCCACUCACCAUGUGCCUCAACGGGGUCAUCGACGCCGCCGUCAACGGGGGCCUAGCACGCUACCAGGAGGCGUUCUUCGUGAAAGAUUACAUCGUGAAUCACCCAGAAGACGGGGAUAAGAUUGGGCGACUGCGAGAGCUCAUGUUUGAACAGGCCCACAUCCUGGAGUUCGGCCUGGCCGUGCACGAGAAAUUUGUCCCCCAGGACAUGCGGCCCCUGCACAAGAAGCUGGUGGAUCAGUUCCACCUCAUGAAGUCCAGCCUGGGCAUUCAGGAGUUCCCUGCAUAUGUUCGUGCCAGUCCCAUCCAUUUCACCAACGGAAGCCCGCGCACCUGUCGGAACUCCGCCCCCAACAUCAUGUGCCCAGAAGGAGGUCGAGUGGUGGCACGACGCAGCCCUCUUACCUACCCGGCAGUGAACAGAUACUCGUCAUCGUCGCUUUCCUCGCAGGCCUCCAACGAGGUGAGCAACAUCACGGGCCAAUCAGAGAGCUCCGAUGAAGUCUUCAACAUGCAGCCAAGCCCAUCUACCUCGAGCCUAAGCUCCAAUCACUCUGCGUCUCCUAACGUGACCAGCUCCGCGCCGUCCAGUGCCAGAGGUUCCCCCCAGCUGCCAGACAAACACAAGCACUCACGGGAGAACGCCUGCCUCUCGCCCCGAGACAGACCAUGCAGCGCCAUAUACCCCAAUCCCCUGGACCCCACACAGAGGAUGAACGCACACCAGAUGGGGGAUUCCACGCUGCCUCGUAGUGAGCCCAACAUCUCCACCCCUGACAAAGUGGUCAGGCCUGCCGCAAGUAGCUGGAGUCUUGACUGUGCUAAAGAGGCCAACACACUGCCGCCAACUCCUGACAGGUUCUUAGGUCCCCCUAUCCCUCCUAGGCCACCGUACACAGUGGGCUCUCCCGCCAAGAACACAAGAUCACAGUCCCCCAUCCCAACGUUACGCUCUCCACAAAAGAGCUCAGCGCCUCCCUUCACCCCCUCGCCCACUGAGUGCCAGUCGACUGGCCUGGUGUCCAACUCCCCGGCGCUGUCCGGCAGCUACAGCAGUGGCAUCUCCUCCCUGAGCCGUUGCAGUGUCUCGGAAGCUUCCGGAACCGAGGGCCCCCCCACCGGACCGGGCUCGGGUUCGAGCAGCGGUCACGGCGACGCCGGCCCACUCCAGCCCCCCAGCACCCUGCUGUCAAACUCGGCCUCCAGUGGUCUGGACGAGCUGGGUCCGCGCCGCGACAGCAAGACCCCGCCUCCGUACAGCGUCUUCGAGCGCUCCAACUCCCGCCGGCCCGUGCCCCUCCCCCACAGCCUCUCCGUGCCCCCCCAGGUGGACCCGCCAGCACUGCCCCCCAAGCCUCACCAGAUGCGCUGUGCCAAGCCAGACGCCGACCCUCGGCGGCCCCCCAUCGAACCCCCCCGUCCGCGGGCCCUGCCCAGAAAGGUAUCCCAGCUCUAGGGGGGGCAUUUGGGAGGAAAGAAAAGAUCAAAUAGUUGCCAUUUUUUUGCACUUUCGAGAAAAAAAGUUCAUGGAUCUAAACUUGUUCCCUGAAGGUCACCUGAUAAAACUGGACCCAUGGAGAAGUACACACAUUUAGAACACGAAGCGCAACGGAACCGUAGUGAUCAGGCUGUACAAUUCUGCACUUUCAGCUUGAGGACAGCAGCACCAUGCAAAAACGUCAAAACCACACUCAGUUUUUAUUUUUUAUUAUUAGGGCAGUCAAAAACCAAGAAGAAAAAAAGGAAACAAUUGGCUUUUUAAAUAGGUGUUGAAAUCCCAAUGUGUGUACAGAUUAGUGAGUUUCCAGACAGAUUUUUUUGCCUUAAGUGUCAGACGCAGUCUUUUGAUUGAUGGAGCCAUGCAGGUCUCAGCAUCGGCUGUAGUUUUGUCUGAAAUGAUUUAUAAUGGUGCUAGCAGUCCUCUCCUAUUCAUUCCUGCACAGCAGCACACGCCUGACCUGAUAGACCACUGAAGCUAUUUUCGGCAUUACUUCUCCCCCCCACGAUUACAGUUUUUACGAACACACCAGUAGCACAGUGAACACUGCUAUCGAGUCAUUUGGCUUUAAAUGGCUUUAAAAUCAUGUGGAGGUGGGGGUGGAGGGGUGGGGGGGUUUCCACAAAAGAAAGAAAGUAAUGCACCUGGAGAAACAAGGCCUCUGAACCCAUCAAAUGAUUUUUGUCCUCCUGGAGUUUGAGCAGCGUGCUGGGGACUGUUCACAUUUCCCCUAUAAUCACACUUGACUGAACAAAGCCCCUUGCAUGGGGGGGUCAUGUCAUAACUCAUAACCCCCCCAUUCACACAGAAAGAACGUCCACAUCCCCCCCACCCCACCCCCCAACUAUUGUCGCAUGAUGUGGAAACCGAAACGGACUUGAUGAAAGAUCUGCUGGACUCUCGUGCCAAAGCAAUGGAACAUGCAGUGGUGGAACUGAGGGAGAUUGGGUGAACAGAAGGAAGCAGGUCCUUACGCGUGUGUGUGUGUGUGUGUGUGUGUGUGUGUGUGUGUGUGUGUGUGUGUGUGUGUGCGUGUGCGUGUGCGUGUGUGUGUGUGUGGGCACGUGCACUUGUGCACUGGAAGGAGAGAAUGCAGUCUUGUCCUGCCUUAGAGUCGGCGCUGUUGAUUAUUUGAUUUAUUUCUCAGUUUUUAACGAUUCAACUAAUUUCAGUGUCGCUGUUAUUUUAUGAUACUUGGGAUCAAAAUGAGCACAAAUCAGAUCAUGGCUAUAAAAAACCCUGUCUUUCCCCUUUUCUGCUCUCUCUCUCUCUCUCACGGCCUCUAUGGGUGUAGACUGUACCCACUGCACAGCAUGUCAUGAAGGACUCUCUUCUAGUUUUUCAACCCACUGCCAGAACUCUAACACACAAGUGGGCUGACACCCAUGCUGAUGACAUCUCACUCGGAAACACCGGAUUCCUCAGCAGUGAUACAGCUGUGCAUAUGUUUAGUUCACUCUGGUCUCCUCCCCUGUUUAGCUAAACAGGCCAUCCUUGUCAGUGUCUAUUAUUUUACAGUGAUACGGUCAUCACUCGGGGGCUCGUCCAGGAGUUCGUUAGUCAGUGGGUAAUUGAUGUUCUGCACAUCUGUUUUGUACAUUUGUAGAGGAACAUACUGAUAACUAAACUCAAUUCCAUUACUGUUUUGUUUGUAUUCAUUUUAAAGAAAUUAACUGGAGUAUUAUUUCUAUGAGUCAUUUUUGUAAGGUAAUAUUUUUUCUUUCUCCAAAUUUGCAUUUGUUGUGAAUUUUUGGAUUAAAUAUUCACAUGAAAUCAGUACUUGAGAAAUUGUAAAUUAUAUAAUGAAGUCGUUGUAUGUAAGUAUGCCAAAUACUGUACCUUGUCUAUUAAAAUUAUUGUACAUAUUGUGUUUUUAACAAACUGUAGUUAUAACAGAUUUACAGCUUUGAAUGUGGAAACAGCAAAUUAUAAUUAUAAAUGUCAAAUAUUUAUGUUUUGUGAGUGUAGAGAAACAGAGGUAAUUCCAAUGUACACCUAACUCAUUUGCAUUCUAAAAUAACUACCCUGUGGAAUAAAAAAAAUCAAAUUUA